AUGUGCAGUGAAAAACUCCUCAAAGCGCUCAUGCUCAAGGGCAGGGUCCCGUCUAGUGUUGUGGAUCAGCAAGCCGACUUUCUCAAGCGAUAUGCGGAAGGACGCCCCAAGACCAACUUCCCGCGACUGUCUGAAGCUGCCUGGAAGGCCCCACGCGCCAAGCGCAAGGCCUCUUUGUGGAAAGAGGUCUACAAUGCCGAUAUCGCGCUUCCCUCUUCGUUCCAUGAAGCGGUACUGAAGGAGACCCCAGCUGUGCCUCUUGUGGAAGCGGAGAUUAAGAUUCGACGAGAUGAGGCCCGGGAAGCGCUCGACGAGGUCCGCACUGCACUGAUCCUCUCGUUCUCUGUGAAACUUAGCAAAAAGCAUGCACGGAGCAAGAGGGUGCGCACAGAGAUCUCCUCUACCCUCGGAUCGGCUCGCGGCGACGUGCAGGCGGCAGCACACAAGUACCGAAGGGUCGUCAAAUGCCUCCUCCGUCUAGGCGUGCCACCGGAUGACCCCGCAGUCCAUCCGCUCGAAGAAACCGAUCUCAAGGCGAUGGUCAUUUCGGCUCAGGGGGACCAGUCGUGGAUCUGGGACAGUCUUUCAGUUGUCGACAAGGCUGGGACGGCCGCACAUCAGCGGUACAAGGACCAGAUCGAGAGCGUCCACUGGUUCCGCAUACAUGCGAUGCUCACGAGGUGGCGGGAGGAGCGCAAGCUGUUGCGGCGUGAGAUGUGGAGAACCGCGGUGUUCUUCGGCUUUUUCAGGCAGCAUUGGUUGCAAAAUGCGGAACUGCAUGAACACUCCCGCGAACGAGGCAAGGCCGCAUACGCCAAAAAGCAAGCGCAUAGGUAUCUUGUAUUGUUCGACGGCUGCAAGAAGGCUUACAUGUGCCUGAAGACGCCGUUCACGAAAUCGGACUGGAACACCGCCCUCGGACUUCCCGACCUCGACAUGGACUAG